AUGGCACCUGGGAGAGACCCGGAAAGGGGAGCGGGCAGCCCGAGGCAUAACCCAGCCUUAGACCAAUCGAAGUGUAAGGAGAGCUUUGGUGUAUGUCUGACAGGUGUUUACCACGUGGGACAGCCUGGCGAAGAAAGCCUCUGGAGGAUUGCAGCAUUAGGAGAAGCGCUGAGCAAAACCCUGACCCUGUCAGAACAGCUGCGUAAGCUCCAGGAAGAGCUUUAUCACCUGCGAUGGAGCGUCAGAGAUGUCACCGAGCGUGCUCUCCACGAAGCCCUGAAGCAGGCUAAGCUCCCAGGCUUUACCGGAUGGGCUGUUCAAGAGAUAAUCAAUCAAGUCUUGGAGAAGCUGGAAGAAAACCAAGUCCCGAUGCCUGAUUAUGCCCUCAAAUCAUCAGGGGCUGCUAUCAUUCAUCCAUGGACUUCUCCAUCCUUCCGGAAUACAAAAGGAGUCUUUCUGUAUUCCCUGCCCAUCCUGGAUUACGUCAAGUCUCCUGAGGUUAUUCUGGAGCUGGAAAAUCAUCCGGGAAACUGCUGGCCCUUCCCAGGAAGUCAGGGACACGUCUUCAUCAAGCUGUCUAUGCCAAUCAUUCCCAGAGCAGUCACCAUGAACCAUGCUUUAGGGACAGGCUUCCAUGGAGACAGUACCUCCAGAGCUCCAAAGGACUUUGCUGUCUACGGCCUGAAGCACCAUGAGGAGCAGGGAACGUUCCUGGGACAGUUCACUUUCCUGGCGGCGCUCAAUCCCAGUCAGACCUUCCAGCUGAAGAACGAGCUCUCUGGGUUUGUGAAGUACUUAAGGCUGCAAGUGCUGAGCAACUGGGGUCACCCGGACUACACCUGCCUGUAUCGAUUCAGAGUGCACGGUGAUCCUCCCAAAGACAGGGGAGAGGUGUCAGCUUCAUCUGGCAAUAAAUUGCAUUAA